UAUUUUUUAAUCAGGAGGACCUGCUCUUUCCAACUAUACCUUCAGAUCGUGGCGUCAAAGAAAUCGGAAUUGUUGAUUCUAGUUUAUUCUGGUAUCUAUUUUCGUCACAAUAUACAAUUCGGUGACUCACCUGUUGAUAAUUGACGUCAAUGUGGCAACCCAAGAAGCAAAUGUCAAAUGGAGUGAAUUGUAAUUUAUUGAUAACUAUACAACAAAAAGUGGAAACGAUAUAGAAUAGUUUUGAAUUCGUUAUAAGAUUUAUGAAAUAUUUGUUAACCCACAUAAUCGGUCACAAUGGACGAAAGUUGGUUUUGUGAACAAAUAAACAAUUUAAUUAUCCAGGAGAAUCGCCUGUCCGCAUUGUCUGAAAUUCGCAUGCGUUUGUAUGAAAUUAGUGAUACUUCAGAUGUUCAGUUGGAAACGCUAAUUACUGACCGUUUACUCAGCGCUCCAGAGUUUAUGGAAUGUUUGAAUUGUAAAAAUGAGGCCAAGGAGCAAUGUGAACUUGCAGCUGAUAUAUUAUCAAUAUGUAUGUCACACAUGAGCUUUGAACAAAACACUUUACCGACCAUUUUGGAGUGGACGCUAACGCAUCCACGAUCUGAAAUAAAAUCGAUUGUUUUCAACACAAUUUUAAAGCAGUUGGAGAGACAGCGAAACAACAAGAAACCUGUUCAAAUAUCUACCGAACUUCUCAUACACAUUUUAAAUGGAUUGAAAGAAGAGGACUGUAAAGUUGGAGUUCCAGCAAUUGGAAUAUUAACUAUAGUUCUGGAACAACAUAUUAAUGAAGAAGGCAUUAAAAAUAAAUUAUUAAAUAUGUUGACAAGUGAUGAAAUUAUUAAAUGUCGUGUAUAUGAACUUGGUGUAAAUCUUGCAAAGCAAUCGGCAACUAUGCUACAGCAAGUUGAAUUUCUGCUCGAUCGUGCUUUGUCAGAGCUUGAUAAUGAUGAUGUACUAUUUCAAGUAAAUAUUCUGGAAAUACUUGUUGCACUUGCAGAACAAAAUCAUGGAUUACUAUAUCUAGAAAAUAGACAAGUUUUCGAAUUAAUAAGCAGACGAGUGGAAAAUGUUGACCAAAACCCAAUAGAUCAAUUACUUAUUCCAGGCAUAAUGAAAUUUUUUGGCAAAACCGCUUCAGUGCAACCUCAGAAAGUAAUUGUUGAUUAUCCUCAUAUGAUACAAUGUCUAUUUGAGAGCAUUCUUUCUGGGAACAUAUCAAUAUUACCAGCGGCGUUUGAUACAUUUGCAAAUCUCACACAAACAAAACAAGGAAAACAGCUUUUAGAUCAAAAUUAUCCAGUGCUGACUAAGGUAACGUUUGAAGCUUUGGGUUCAUAUUUGAGAAAUCUCUCAACUGAUUUGAAAAAUCGUGCAUUUAACACAUUGGAAAUGGUUUUCACCACUGACAGUUCUACUGCUGAAAUAGAAGCCCUGCUACAAAAAUGGUUCAAGAACUUAGCGGGAGAAGAAAGUAUGCAAUUUCUGAUGGACUACUGCCGAAACCCGUUUCCUGAUAUCAAAGUUGCUUGUCUAAGCUUCAUUAAAUCCGUUUGCCUUCAUAAAUGGGGAUUACUGGCGUUAAAAAAUACGGCUGGUUUUGUGGAAUUUUUGCUUGAUCGAAAAAUUGAGUUUGACAAAGAAGCGAAAUACAAAAAAUUUGAGUUAAUCAGUCUUUUAGCAGACAGCGAUGUUUUUGAUAUGCAAAUCAAUUUGCAAUUGCGAACUUAUGUUAAUGAAGGCCCUUACUUCGUGCAAAGUAUAUUUGAUAUAGCUACGGAAGGUAAUUAAUGUAUGGGUAAAUAAAAACAAUAUAAAAAUAUAAUUGAAAAA